AUGUCUAUUAAGCUGGUUAUUGGGGGUUGCGUCAUCAACGUCAUCACCGCUUACGCGCCGCAAUCGGGCUUAGACGAGGAGGUUAAGAGGCGCUUUUGGGAGGACUUGGAUGAUAUGGUGAGUAGUAUUCCCCAAUCUGAGAAGUUAGUUAUUGGAGGGGACUUUAAUGGUCAUAUUGGGGCUGAUGCUGGUGGUUAUGGUGAGGUGCACGGUGGCUUCGGCUUUGGGGUUAGGAACGGAGGAGGCACGUCACUGCUUGAUUUCGCCAGGGCUUCCGAGCUUUUGAUUGCGAACUCGACAUUUCAGAAGAGGGAGGAGCAUUUGGUCACCUUCAAGAGUUCGGCGGCGAGGACUCAGAUAGAUUACCUCCUCCUCAGAAGGAGCGAUAGGGGUAUAUGCAAGGACUGCAAGGUUAUUCCGGGAGAGUCCCUUUCGACUCUUCAUAGACUCCUAGUGAUGGANAUGUCGGUCUCUGGGUGA